AUGUUCCUCAAAAUAUUAAUUUAUAACAUUAUUUUUAGUGUCGUAUUGACUAGUAGUUAUGCAAUAAGUGAUAUGACUGAAAGCUCUUUCGGAAAACACAAAGAAGGUGUUAUAGCUGCGUUUGGAGAUUUCAACUCGGACGAAUUAACUGAUGCCUUUGUUAUUAAAAAUUUCUCAAGUGUGGAUGUCUAUUUAGCUUACGAUAAGGAGCCAUUCUUGAGGCCUUCCAUAUAUUCUUGUAAUUUUAGUAAUAUAAUUAUAACAAGUGUUGUGCCAGGCGAUUUUGACGGAGAUGCUUACAUGGACAUAUUGUUGACGACACAGAGUAUAAAUGAUACUUCUAAUUUACAUACGGUAAGAAUAUUAUGGGGCGGAGAGCCUACUCUGAACUGCUCUGAUGCUUUAUUUAUAAAGGCUAUCUCAGUAGGACAGCCGUUAGUAAUGGAUUAUAACAGAGAUAUGAUUCUGGACCUUUUUGGAAUGAAUACACAAAACCAAAGAGUGUUUUGGGUGUUUGAUGAGACGAGGACAACACCGGUCGAAAAGCAAAUGGGAGAUGACUUGUUCAAAAUGAUAAAACUGCCACAUUCACAUUCGUUUUUGGAUGUUAAUGAAGAUGAUGCUGCAGAUUUGCUCGUUACAACAACUACUAAUGUUGAAGUAUGGCUGAAUGAUGAAUUAGAUGGGUUCAGAUUUAACAAUAGUAUUGAACUACUUGUAGGCCAUCCAACUAUAUAUGGUCAAGCAUUGUUUCUAGAUGUUGCUCUCUCUGGUGAAUUCUUUUUAGUUAUUCCUGUUUGUUAUGACUUUCAAUGCCUCAAUAGUACUAUAUUGAUCUAUGACAAUCAGAAGUGGCAUGACCUUCAAGUGGACUUCAAUGAUGGCAAAGGAACGUUAUGGCGCUUUGUACCACCAAGAGAUGAAAUUUAUUUAGAUACUAUCACUAUGAGAAGUGGAGAUUACAAUAUGGAUGGCUACCCAGACAUCCUGAUGACACUAAGUCCUGUGAAUUCUAAUGAAACCAGGGCUUUUCUACUUCACAAUAUUCCAUGUAACUUGCCAGGUUGCAAGUUUUAUAGAACAUUUGAAGUGCAAUGGGACAGGUUUGAUUCCUUUGGCAAAGAUGUUAUAAUGGCCACCUUUUACGAUUUCUACAUGGAUGGUGUACUUGAUAUAAUAUAUGUAAAGAAAAAUUCAACCACACUGAAAUAUACCAUGCAUUCAUUCAGAAAUGAAUUAGAAUAUGAUACAAAUUUCAUUAAAGUUAUUGUUGUUACUGGAUUGACCAAUGAGAAACUGCCAGUAAAUAAUAGAACUUUGUACAACAGAAAAGUCACAUUUGGCACCAAUCUGCCAGGCCCCAAAAUAGGAUACAACACAUGGUCUCAAGAAGGGACUUACAGGACAGGUGUUUGUGCACAACUCUCACAGUCUGCAUAUUUUUCGCUACAACUGCCGUAUUCAAUUUUUGGCUUGGAUCGUACUCCUAAUUUCGUAGACACUUUGAAUGUGGGCCUUUCAGGUUUUUCAAAAAGUUGGACUCAAAUUAUACCUAAUUCUCAGAUAGUUGUAAUACCAGCACCACCCAGUGACCCCUCACAGUGGAAGGCUCAACUGUUUGUUACACCUAGUAAAGUAAUUCUUAAAAGUGUGUUUGUGUUGACUGCUAUCAUAGUAAUUAUUACUGGAUGUGUCUUAUAUUUGCAUUGGAAAGAAAGAAAUGACAGGCAGGACAUAAUAGAAAUUGAUGAAAAGACUUAUGUUAAAAUUUGA